AUGGCGAAUAAAUUUGGAUUAGGUUCUUUACCUUUAGAUACUAAAAAACCGAACACAACAGCAUGGAUAAAUAAAGCAAAACCUUAUUUUGUGGAUCAAAUUGGAGACAAACUUCAAGAUGAUAAGAUUACAAAACAAAAAAUAGAUCUUAAACAACUAAUAGUCAAUAUUAAUCCAGGUAUAAUUGAAGAUAAAUUAACAACAUUAGAAACUAAACUUAUUGAUAAUAGUGAAAUACAAAAACAAAUAGUUGGUAUUAAACAACAAUUACUUAAUGUAGUAGAUAAAACUCAAUUAGAAAAUUUAAAAUUAUUAAUAUCUAAAUUAGAUGAUAAGAUAACAAAACAAAAAAUAGACCUUAAACAACUAAUAGAUAAUGUUAAACCAGGUAUAAGUGAAGAAAAAUUAACUGAAUUAGAAACCAAACUCAAUGAUAAUAGUGAAAUAGAUGCUAUUAAACAUCAACUUCUAAAUGUAGUAGAUAAAACUCAAUUUCAAAAUUUAAAAUCAUUAAUAUCUAAUUUAAAUGAUAAGGUUACAAAACAAAAAAUAGAUCUUAAACAAUUAAUAGAUAAUAUUAAACCAGGUAUAAGUGAAGAAAAAUUAACUGAAUUAGAAACUAAACUUAAUGAUAAUAGUAAAAUAGUCAAUAUUCAAAAACAAUUACUCAAUCUAGUAGAUAAAACUCAAUUAGAAAAUUUAAAAUCAUUAAUAUCUAAAUUAGAUGAUAAGAUAGGAAAACAAAAAAUAGACCUUAAACAACUAAUAGAUAAUAUUAAACCAGGUAUAAGUGAAGACACGUGGCAACAGGAAUCAACUGCUCUAGAAACUAAAUUUAAAACUGAAUUAAAAAAAAGAACUAACAAAUAUUAA